CAGCACAAGCCUCCACAACACGCUGCGCUGACAUCCGGUCGCCUCAUCUGAUCAGCCGCCCGAAGCGAGACACGCUGCAACCGUCAACUGCGUACGCUGCGGAGUACACGAGAACGAAGCCAUGGGCCAACUGAUGAGCUGUUGCGGUUGCAAGUGCUGCAGCCAUACCCGAGAUAGACUGCGUAGUCGACUACCGUGGCUCUUCGGAUCCGCGCAGCGACUGGAACAGGCGCCAGAGCAGCAGCGGAUCCCUGAGCAGCAGCCCCAGCAGCAACCCGAACCUGCGCAACAAGGGCUGGAGAAAGACGCCCCCGCAGCGGAAAAACCAACAUCGUUGCCGUCCGUUCCCGGGACUGCCGUCCAGAGUCCCUCAGAUUCCGAGGCAAUCGUUACGUCGUCCGUAGGCGAAACUACCGAUACUGAAGGUCUCCUCCCCACCGUCAUCUCUCCGUCGGACAGCAGUCUGACGGUCGUCUCUCCGGCGACAACGUCUUCUGAGAGCCGCGAAGGCCCUCCCGCGCAGGUGGCAAGCAGCUCGAGUGGCCUGAGCUCUACCACUCCUGAGAACGACGCCCCUUCGACCGCGACUGCAGCUGCUGGAACCGUGGAAACCCCACCUUGACCCGUCCGUCGGACUCCCCCUUGUUCGGCUGGGACCGCAGCGGCGUCGUUCCCUUCUUAUCCCUCGGCAUGCCCGACGUCGUUUAAUGUCGCGCUAUGCACCACGUCUCUUAUAUAACGUGGUUUUUAUUCCCAAUAAAGCAUUCUUUUACUUCUA